GUUCAGGGAUCGACUGCGUGGACUGGAAUCUCACGUUUGCCAUUAUCAUCGCAUCGACGAUCGAUUCUAUUUUACUUCCAGAAAAGAUGGCGGACCGAACCCCUGGUGGCUCUCAGAAAGCUAGCGCUAAGGCGCUGCUUGAGAGCAAACUCAAGUCUUUCAGCAUUGGAAAAAUGGCUGUGGCAAAGAGGACUCUAAGCAAGAAGGAACAAGAUGAAAUCAAGAAAAAGGAAGAUGAGCGGGCAGCGGCCGAGAUUUAUGAGGAGUUUCUUGCUGCGUUCGAAGGAGGAGGAGAGGGUAAAGUCAAGGCCUUUGUCCGUGGCGGCAUUGCGAAUGCGACAAAAGAAGAAGCAGCUGCUGAUGAGAAGAAAGGAAAGUUGUACAAACCCAAGUCACGUUUUGAGACCCAACCAAAAAGCAUCUUGCCUUUGGAAACCCCACCACAAUUUUUAGCUUUAGACAAAAGACAUAGUUUGAAGAAAAGUACUGAAAAGGAAAAGAAGAAGAGUAAUUUGGAGCUUUUCAAAGAAGAACUUAAACAAAUACAGGAAGAAAGGGAUGAAAGACAUAAGAUGAAAGGACGCGUUAGUCGAUUCGAACCCCUCCCUGGCGCGGACGGAAGACGCUCAUCGGAUGGUUCUUCAAGAAGAAACCGUCCGUCCAGUGUUUUGGAUGAUUGCGCUCCAGGCUCCCAUGACGUCGGAGACCCGUCCACUACGAACUUGUAUCUUGGAAACAUCAAUCCACAGAUGAACGAGGAGAUGCUUUGUCAAGAGUUUGGCCGCUACGGUCCAUUGGCCAGUGUGAAAAUCAUGUGGCCAAGGACAGACGAGGAGAGGGCUCGGGAGAGGAACUGUGGCUUUGUGGCUUUCAUGAACAGGAGGGAUGCUGAGCGAGCACUCAAGAACCUAAAUGGAAAGAUGAUAAUGAACUUUGAGAUGAAAUUAGGAUGGGGCAAAGGUGUGCCUAUUCCACCUCAUCCCAUCUACAUCCCUCCUUCCAUGAUGGAGCAUACACUCCCACCGCCUCCCUCUGGCCUACCCUUCAACGCACAGCCACGGGAGAGGCUAAAAAACCCCAAUGCUCCCCUGCUUCCUCCACCCAAAAACAAGGAGGAGUUUGAGAAGACUCUGUCGCAAGCCAUAGUCAAAGUGGUUAUCCCAACAGAAAGGAAUUUGCUCUCUCUCAUCCACCGAAUGAUCGAGUUUGUGGUGCGUGAAGGCCCAAUGUUUGAAGCCAUGAUCAUGAACAGAGAAAUCAACAAUCCCAUGUACAGAUUUUUAUUUGAGAACCAGAGUCCAGCACAUGUAUACUACAGAUGGAAGCUCUACUCCAUACUACAGGGUGAAGCACCAGUUAAAUGGAGAACGGACGACUUUAGGAUGUUUAAAAAUGGCUCUCUAUGGCGCCCACCUCCUCUUAAUCCAUACCUCCACGGUCCUUAUGAUGAUGGAGAGGAGGAGGAAGAAGAGGAGGAAUCCAGCAAGAAAGGCUGCUUGAAAGAGGAUGAGCGGGACAAACUGGAGGAGAUGCUGCGUGGUUUGACUCCCAGGAGGGGAGACAUCGCUGAAGCCAUGCUGUUCUGUCUCAGCCACGCCGAAGCUGCUGAAGAGAUAGUGGAGUGUAUCACAGAGUCCCUCUCCAUCCUUAAGACCCCUCUACCCAAAAAGAUUGCACGGUUAUAUUUAGUUUCUGAUGUGCUGUAUAACUCUUCAGCCAAAGUGUCCAAUGCAUCAUACUACAGAAAAUAUUUUGAGACGAAGCUCUGUCAGAUUUUCGCAGACCUCAACGCCACAUACAAAACGAUACAGGGUCACCUUCAGUCUGAGAACUUUAAGCAACGGGUGAUGUCGUGUUUCCGGGCGUGGGAGGACUGGGCCGUGUAUCCGGACCCCUACCUCAUCAAGCUCCAGAACAUCUUCCUGGGUCUAGUUAAUCUCACGGUGGAGAAGGAGCCCGUGACCCUCGUCGUUGAGGCUGAGCCGACAGAAGACAUCGACGGGGCUCCUAUAGGUGAGUUUGUGGAUAACACUCUGCUGGAGGACGUGGACGGGGUGCCGAUCGACGCAGGGCCCAUGGACGGGGCACCGAUCGAUGGAGCACCACUGGACGACCUGGAUGGAGUACCAAUCAAGCAACUGGAAGAAGACAUCGACGGGAUACCUUUUGAUCAGUCUAAGGAAACAGCCUUCAAGGUGGCGCCCUCAAAAUGGGAAGCAGUGGAGGAGUCCGAGCUACAGGCUCAAGCUGUGACAACCUCAAAAUGGGAAAUCUUUGAGCAGCCGGAAGAAACGAAAAAGAAUGAGGAGGACAGCGAUGACGAUGACAGGACGCCGCGCUCAGAGGAUAAUCAGAGCUACUCCAACCCCAUCAGAGAGGACUCGGAUACUAAGGCCAAGACGUCCGAAAUGAACGAGGAGAAGCGCAUCAAGCUGAGAGAGAUAGAGGUUAAAGUCAUGAAGUUCCAGGAUGAGCUAGAAUCUGGGAAAAGACCAAAGAAGCCCGGCCAGAGUAUUCAGGAGCAGGUGGAGCACUACAGGGACAAACUACUACAAAAGGAAAAGGAAAAAGAGAAACUUGAACGGGAAAAGGAGAAGGAGAAGAAAGAAAAGGAGAAAGCGGAGGCACGGUUGAAGGAGCUGAAGAAGGAAAAGGAGAAGGAGGACACGCCGACCAGAAAAGAGAGACGUUUGUCCCCUCCGGUUGAUAGGAAGCGGCGUCACAGCGGUUCGCCCAGUCCGACGCGGAGCAGCAGCAGACGAGGCCGGUCGUCCUCGCCCCGUUCGGAGCGCUCCGAAAGAUCGGAACGCUCCGACCGGUCGUACUCGAAAGACACCACUUCACGCUCUUCCCAUAAAGACUCACCACGAUCCAGCAACAAAAAGUCAUCCAAAAGAUCUCCCUCAUUGCCUCGCACACCUAAACGAUCCAGAAGGUCACGCUCCAGGACACCCAAGAAAUCAACUAAAAAGUCCCGCUCCAAAUCAAGAUCUCCACACCGAUCUCACAAAAAAUCAAAGAAGAGUAAACACUGACGUCUUUUCCUCGGAUCCCCCCCCCGAACCAGCCUUUUCUCCUCCUGCCCCUUCCACCAUGUUGUAUAAAAGAUUGACUGAGUGGGCAGCUACAGAUCUCUGCCCGGACGUUGAUGUGAGGACAAUGGAGAGUGGAGGGUGUUGCAUGGGUUUCCAUCUGGUGUAUCAAAGAGAUGGGGCCGCUGCUGUUUUAUAUUGUAAAGAAGAAAAAAAAAGAUUAAUGUGCUUGUGUGUCCUGAUUUCCCAUCACCUCCAAACGGAAUUCAUCCAUGGUGUAGACCGCGCCCAUAAAGGGUGUGAGGACAAUAGUCUUAUAUUCAUGCUGUCAUUCUCUGUUUUUGUAGUUCACAUUAAAAAGGAUUCCUAAUAAA